AUGUUUAUUUAUCUCAGUAAGAAGGUAAGCAUCCAUUUCGGUGACAUUUAACUAUCAGAUAUUUUUGUUGAUACGCGUGAAGCUUCUAUACGUCUCUCACUUGUUGUUGCCUAUCAAGACGAGAGCAUCAUCAUCAUAAUAAUUAUGAUUGUCAUGCCAUUAUGAUUAGGCUAAUAUUGUAUUCAUCUCCAUCAUGCACAAAGUCUCUUGCAUGUUUGAGCCAGCCAUUUACUGCUAGCUAGCUAGUUAUGAGACCUGCAAACUAACGUUAGUCAUACUGUGCAUGUUACUUCCUGGGAUAGCAGGCACAUUUUUCAGAGCCUGUUGGCAUAAGCGAUACAAUCAGUGUCCCUUUUGCCCACAACAGUAACAACCAGUUAUAAUCCAUUUUAUCUAAAUGCACAAUCCUCUUCCCCUCCCAGAUUGCCAUCCCCAACAACAUACGGCUGAAGUGUGUGUCUUGGAACAAAGACCAAGGCUUUAUAGCAUGUGGAGGGGAUGAGGGUCUUCUCAAAGUCCUAAAGUUGGAGACACAGACAGGUGAACUGGGUUUCCAAUACAAUUUACCUCUAUAACAUUUUCUUAGUCGAGAUUUGCUGAGAGUACCAUCUGACCUAUGUUAUGCAAUGUUUCCAAACCCAUUUGAUUCAGAUUCAUUUUAGUUAUUUAGCAGACGCUCUUAUCCAGAGCGACUUACACCUAAUUAGGGUUAGGUGCCGUUCGCUUACUGCCAAAUGCACUCUAAUUGCCCCAAGUCUUUAGUGUCACACUCCUGAUGGAAACACAAUUACACUAGCGCUUACAUUAACAUAAAACACUGGUGCGGGGUAAGUCUUAGGUGGAAGUACAGCGCAAUGGUGUCAGGAACCAAUUUGCUUGGGCUUCUCUGUAUUAGGCUACUUUAGAGCUAUCGUAUGAUUCAAGCAGCUUGUGACGUUGACAGGCUUAUUUAACUCACUAUCGGCUAGAUAUAGGCUUGGUUUAGGCUUGAGCGUUUCAAUGCAAAAUGUGCAGCUUUUGUAUCCAGAGAAGAAGACACACUUAAAGAAUAAUGACUUAGUGUUAGCAAUUACUGUAGUAGUGUGCUAUAUACGUAAGUAGCCUAAACGAUAGUGUUGUCACUGUAAUUGUAAAAACACACAAAACAUGACCUCUUGUUCUCUUUGGGGCCGUGAACUUUCAACAGACGAUGCCAAACUCAAAGGACUUGCAGCACCCAGCAAUUUGUCAAUGAAUCAGACACUUGAAGGCCACAGUGGUAAGUAAGGUGACAUUAUGGAACAUGUGGCAAGCAGUCUGCUGAUUAAAAAAAAAAAAAAAAAAGAUUUCUGGGAGCCAGUGGGACCUCUGAACUCUUCAGUGUGACCUCUGAACUCUGUUUGUUGUUUGGUAUGCCACAGGUGCAGUCCAGGUUGUUACAUGGAACGAGCAGUACCAGAAGCUCACCACCAGUGACCAGAAUGGCCUCAUUAUUGUGUGGAUGCUCUACAAAGGUAGGCUACACUGUAUAGUGACAUGCACUGAGAAUAAUGUAUGGCGGGGGUUGGUAAAACGCAAGAUCCAUCAGGACCCAUGUGGCCAAUUCUAUAUCAUUUUGUCUUACAGCCUAUAUUUUCGGUUUCAAGAUCAUUGUGAUGUCUAACUGAUUAUUAUGGCCCAGAAGUGAGUCUCAGAUAGGAUGUUUGGGAUGACGUUUUCCCCUUCUAAUGGCAGAAAGACUGUAGGUCUAUUACACUGAAGGAUAUUUCAAGUCAAGUCAGAGAAACACUUCAGCCAUGUUGAAGCCAUCUCAGUGUUGUCAAUUUCUGUUUACUAUUUGAUGUAUGACAUAAUGAUAUGGUGUGUGAAUAGGCUGCUGGUACCAGGUGAUGAUCAUAAUGAUAUGGUGUGUGAAUAGGCUGCUGGUACCAGGUGAUGAUCAUAAUGAUAUGGUGUGUGAAUAGGCUGCUGGUACCAGGUGAUGAUCAUAAUGAUAUGGUGUGUGAAUAGGCUGCUGGUACCAGGUGAUGAUCAUAAUGAUAUGGUGUGUGAAUAGGCUGCUGGUACCAGGUGAUGAUCAUAAUGAUAUGGUGUGUGAAUAGGCUGCUGGUACCAGGUGAUGAUCAUAAUGAUAUGGUGUGUGAAUAGGCUGCUGGUACCAGGUGAUGAUCAUAAUGAUAUGGUGCGUGAAUAGGCUGCUGGUACCAGGUGAUGAUCAUAAUGAUAUGGUGCGUGAAUAGGCUGCUGGUACCAGGUGAUGAUCAUAAUGAUAUGGUGUGUGAAUAGGCUGCUGGUACCAGGUGAUGAUCAUAAUGAUAUGGUGCGUGAAUAGGCUGCUGGUACCAGGUGAUGAUCACAAUGAUAUGGUGCGUGAAUAGGCUGCUGGUACCAGGUGAUGAUCAUAAUGAUAUGGUGUGUGAAUAGGCUGCUGGUACCAGGUGAUGAUCAUAAUGAUAUGGUGUGUGAAUAGGCUGCUGGUACCAGGUGAUGAUCAUAAUGAUAUGGUGUGUGAAUAGGCUGCUGGUACCAGGUGAUGAACAUAAUGAUAUGGUGUGUGAAUAGGCUGCUGGUACCAGGUGAUGAUCAUAAUGAUAUGGUGCGUGAAUAGGCUGCUGGUACCAGGUGAUGAUCACAAUGAUAUGGUGUGUGAAUAGGCUGCUGGUACCAGGUGAUGAUCAUAAUGAUAUGGUGUGUGAAUAGGCUGCUGGUACCAGGUGAUGAUCACAAUGAUAUGGUGUGUGAAUAGGCUGCUGGUACCAGGUGAUGAUCAUAAUGAUAUGGUGUGUGAAUAGGCUGCUGGUACCAGGUGAUGAUCAUAAUGAUAUGGUGUGUGAAUAGGCUGCUGGUACCAGGUGAUGAUCAUAAUGAUAUGGUGUGUGAAUAGGCUGCUGGUACGAGGAGAUGAUUAACAACAGGAACAAGUCCGUGGUGAGGAGCAUGAGUUGGAAUGCAGACGGCCAGAAGAUUUGUAUUGUUUACGAGGACGGGGCAGUCAUUGUUGGAUCUGUAGAUGGUAAGUGCUCCUCUCUUUAACACGUCUGUCUGGACAGAAUUAUUUUUCUAAUUCAUGCACUGGGUUCAUCAGGUUAUUUCAGAUUUAACAGUCAGAACAAGUUGUCAUUGCAUUGCUAUUGAUUUCUCACACCCGUUGUAUAGUAUAAUGGUAAUGACAAAAGCAUCAUGACGAAUAUGGCACAUGGUUGUUUUAUAAUGGAUGUGUUCUGUCUGUUUAGGUAACCGAAUCUGGGGGAAAGAGCUCAAGGGAAUUCAGCUCGCUCACGUGGCCUGGUCGCCAGAUAGCAAGAUCCUCCUUUUUGGGAUGGCCAAUGGGGAAAUCCACAUCUACGACAAUCAGGGAAACUUCAUUGUAAGUCUGGUAGCCUUUCAAAAAGGGGAAAAGAUAGCAGCACCCCAAAAGUAAUGAUGGAUAGCACUUUUUGUACACUUAUUAAAGGUGCACGUUUCAAUUGUUUUAGGGUGUUUAAUGCAUCCCCACUUCUGAAGAGUGGAUAACUUAGUUCUAGGAGACUUAGAAAUGAUCAUUAUGUUGCAGAUGAAGAUGACGGUCAGCUGUCUGCAUAACGUGACUGGAGCCAUCAGUAUCGCAGGGAUCCACUGGUACGCAGGGUCAGAGGGCUACGUGGAGCAAGACUGCCCCUGCCUGGCCAUCUGCUUUGAUAACGGACGGUGUCAGGUCAUGCGCUACGAGAACGAUGAAAGUGAGUGAAUUGGGGCGGGGGGCGGAGCAGUUGAAAUGGCGCUGCAUUGGAUAGCUGUUUUUUUUUAUCAUUUCCUAAGACCAAAAACAGCUUCUGGACAUCAGAACAGCGAUCACUGAUCUCGAUUUGUACUACAUGAAACUACGUUGGCGUGCAAAUGAACUGCCCCUAACCUCCGUUCUUUUUGGCGAAUGUACAGUCACUAGAGAACAAACUGGACAAGCUCAGUUCGAGACUAUCCUAUCUACGGGAUCUGAAGAACUGUAAUAUCCUAUGUCUCUCCCAGUCAUGGCUGAACAAGGAAAUGGAUAAUAUACAUCUAGCUGGUUUUUCUAUGCAUCGUCAAGACCGAACGGCAUUGUCGGGUAAGGUUAGGGGGGAGGGGUGUGUCUCUCUGUUAACAACAGCUGGUGCGCGGUCUCUAAUGUUAAGGAAGUCUUGAGGUUUUGCUCGCCAUUAGUUAGAAUACCUAAUGAUCAGCUACAGACCACACUACUUACCAAGAGAGUAUUCAUCUAUAUUUUGCGUAGCUGUCUAUUUACCACCACAGACCGAUGCUGGCACUGAGACCGCACUCAACGAGCUGUAUAGGUCCAUAAGCAAACAGGAAAACGCUCAUCCAGAGGCGGCGCUCCUAGUGGCCGGUGAUUUUAAUGAAGGAAAAAUGAAAUCCGUUUUCUCCCAUUUUUUACCAGCAUUUCACCUGUGCAACCAGAGGUGACAAAACUCUAGACCACCUUUACUCCACAUACAGAAACGCAUACAAAGCUCUCCCCCACCCUCCCUUUGGCACAGGGCCUAAAAUUAACACCUGCCAAAUGCGGGUAGAUUUUGGCAUUGGCGGGUAAGAUGUCUAUUUUACCAGCCACGUUGUCGGGUGGUCAGGGCUCCACAAUGGGAGCAUUUCACUCGCAUUUGUGAAUAAAAAUAGUAAAGUAUGAUUAUAGUAAAAUAAAUGCUGCAGUAGCUGUUUUCAAAGCAUUUCCACCGUUUUGUUUCAUAACUGAUAAAUAAUCACACAAAGUCGAAGAACUAUGAAUCCUAUAUAGCCUAUUCCACCUCGCGUUGCAACACUGCCUGGCUGGGGGCUGUGCGCACGUGAAGAGCUGAGUGAAAGAUUCAUUUUUAGAAGCGCUGCGCACAGGCAUAAAAGUUGGUCUAAUUUACUUAAAACGAAAAGUACUGAAAUGAGACUUUGUCCUUGGCUAUUUACAUUGUUUUGUUCACAAGCUAGGUUGUUUUUCUACGUUUAAGUUUAAACUGCUAGGGAAGAGAAGACGACGCUUCUACUAGUCAGACUCAAUCUCACCGGCACAAACAUUACUCGAAACGCGCUACCACGGUAACCUCCCGUUCCUAUUAAAGGGGCAGGUGAAAAUGUUUGUCUCAUCUGUGAAAUUUUGGGACAGGUCACGAAAAAUGGAAUUAUUCAAUAUACCACAUUAGUUACUUCUGACUAGUAAUACAUGUAUUGUUUUAGAAACAUUACAAAGCAUGCUCAUCCGUUUCUUUGUGGUUUGUUGGUGUAAUUUUUGCAUUAAAGAAAAUAUAUUUUUGCUGGUGACUGAUAAACUGGUUAACUCCUCAAUGUUAUCGGAUGAAUCCCGGAACAUAUUCCAGUCUGUGCUAGCGAAACAGUCCUGUAGUUCUGUACUGUGGCUGGUAGAUUUUGUCUACCUGCCACAGUGGAACUCAAAAUUAAAUGUUAUGCCCUGCUUUGGCAAAUCUGACCAUUACUCAAUCCUCCUGAUUCCUGCUUACAACCAAAAACUCAAACCGGAAGUACCAGUACAGAAGUGGUCCGAUGAAGCGAAUGCUAAGCUACAGGACUGUUUCGCUAGCACAGACUGGAAUAUGUUCCGGGAUUCAUCCGAUGGCAUUGAGGAGUUUACCACAUCAGUCACUAGCUUCAUUAAUAAGUGCAUCGAUGAUCUCGUCCUCACAGUGACCAUACGCUCAUAUCCCAUCCAGAAGCCAUGGAUUACAGGCAACAUCCGAACUGAGUUAAAGGCUAGAGCUGCCGCUAUCAAGGAGCGGGACACUAAUCCGGACGCUUAUAAGAUAUCUCGCUGCGACCUCCGACAAGCCAUCAAACACAAAAAGUGUCAAAACAGGACUAAAAUCGAAUCCUACUACACUGGCUCUGACGCUCGUCAGAUGUGGCAGGGCUUGCAAACUAUCAUGGAUUACAAAGUGAAACACUGCCGCGAGCUGCCCAGUGACGUGAGCCUACCAGACGAGCUAAAUACCUUCUAUGCUCACUUCGGGCAAGCAACACUGAACCAUGCAUGAGAGCACCAGUUGUUCUGGACAACGGUGUCAUCUCGCGCUCCGUAGCCAAUGUGAGCAAGACCUUUAAACAGGUUAACAUUCACAAAGCCGCAGGGCCAGACGGAUUACCAGGACGAGUACUCUGAGCAUGUGCUGACCAGCUGGCAAGUGUCUUCACUGACAUUUUCAACCUCUCCCUGACCCAGUCUGUAAUACCUACAUGUUUCAAGCAGACCACCAUAGUCCCUGUGCCCAAGAACGCCAAGGUAACCUGUCUAAAUCGCCCCGUAGUACUCACAUCUGUAGCCAUGAAAUGCUUUGAAAGGCUGGUCAUGGCUCACAGCAACACCAGAUCCACAGAUGACGCUAUCUCUAUUGCACUCCACACUGCCUUUUCCCACCUGGACAAGAGGGACACCUAUGUCAGAAUGCUGUUCAUUGACUACAGCUCAGCGUUCAACACCAUAGUGCCCUCCAAGCUCAUCACUAAGCUAAGGACCCUGGGACUAAACACCUCCCUCUGCAACUGGAUCCUGGACUUCCUGAUGGGCCGCCCCCAGGUGGUAAGAGUAGGCAACAACACAUCUGCCACGCUGAUCCUGAACACGGGGGCCCCUUAGGGGUGUGUGCUUAGGCCCCUCCUGUACUCCCUGUUCACCCUCGACCGCAUGUAUAAGCGAAUAUGUACUACUCCAACACCAUCAUUAAGUUCGCUGAUGACACAACGGUGGUAGGCCUGAUCACCGACGACGAUGGGGAGGGGGGGAAUGGGGCUGGAGAAUGGGGAGCUUUGUGGAGAUGGAACAAUCCUUGACUGUUAAAUGUCUGCUGUAAUGACUUAUUGCCAAAAUAAUGCCAGAAUCCCAAGGUAUAAACUGUAUAAGAGAUAUUUGCAUGUUUUCAUUUGGAAAUCCCUGGCUAAGUUAGUUACAUUUGAGUAAGUUUGGAGUAAUAUCGUGAUAAUGACAAUGAAGGUCCUUGUUCCACCGAUAAUUCCCCUUUUUCUCCUGUCCCUCUCCAGGCCCAGUGUUCAUAGACACACUGAUGAACGUGGCCAGUAUCCAGUGGAACCAGUGUGGCAGCGUGCUGGCUGUGGCAGGCUCCCUGAGGGCCAUGGCUAUGGAGAAGGAGGUCAAUGUGGUGCAGUUCUACACACCAUUCGGAGAGGUGAGAGAGCCAGGACAUCCCAGACUCCAACCUCUCGUAGCGUAGCUUUCAGAUGUUCCCUGUCAAUGUGGAUAUACAGUAGCAUAUACAGUAGAUCUCCAGUUGGAAUUCGGCCCCUACAGAGUACACAAUAUUGUCAUUAGGCUAUAUGGCAUUUGACCAAAGCAAUUUUGACUCCCUUUUCCAUAGCAUUUGCGAACUUUGAAGGUGCCUGGCAAGCAGAUGACAGAGGUUGCUUGGGAAGGGGGAGGACUGAGGAUCGGACUGGCUGUGGACUCCUACAUUUACUUUGCCAACAUAAGGCCUGAUUACAAG